AGGCUGAUCGACAGGACAGAACAAACGGACUGCAGUCUGUUCAGAGUAAAACACACACGUUUGGUUUUGAGGGAAAAAGUUUGACAGCUGCUGAUUGGAUCAACAGUGAGGAGACAUGGAAGCUGUAGUUGGACUGUUGUUGAUGAUGUGCGGAGUGUCUCAUGGUGUGGAAACUUACUGUGAUGGCAGACAGGAUGGAGCUCAGUGUUAUGGAGCUUUGGGAGGAACUGUGAACAUCCAGCUGAUGGACAGCACCUCAGAAAUACCUCGAUACCAAUUGUCAAAGAAUUCAUUAAAAAUACUAGAUGUGAAAAAGAAAAAUGUUAUUACUAAAAUCAAAGAACAGAGAUGUCUAAUUUUUCCAGGUAAUGGAACAUUUAGGCUUAGUAAUCUGAAAAGGAAUGACAGUGGUAGUUAUACCCUUCAAACCUUUAAUUCAGAUGGAAGAACAUCAGGCGAGUGGACUUUACAGUUGUUUAUUCAAGCUCCUGUGUCCUCUGUCCUGCUGGUCUCUGAGUGUCUGUCCCAGGGAGAGAGGAGGGUGUCCUGCUCCUCUGAGGGAGGGGACAGUCCUCAGUACAGCUGGACUCUGGAUGGACGCACACUGACAGAUGCUGAGCUCCUUUCUGUAAACAAUGAAACUAACAUCAUCACUCUGAAACAGCACGUCUCAGGAUGUCUGGUCUGCUCAGUCAGGAACAACGUCAGUAAUGUCUCCAAAGAACAGAAGAUAUCUACCUGUGGAGCAGGUCUUUUGCCACUGGUUUUUUUGCCAGUGAUCGGUGGUGUCAUCUCAGCGGUGGUCAUUUUCUUAUUUGUCGGUGUAGCGGUCAUCUGUACUCAGAGAAGAAAACCAAACAAUAAGUCCACAAAACACAAAGUAGUACAAAAUGACUAUGAAGAAAUGAUGUCAUUGUCAUGUAGCAGCAGAGGAAGCAAGUGGAGAAAAGAGGGCCGGUGAAGUAACCAAGUAAAGGUUUCGCCUUUUUCCUAUCAGAGAAAUACACAUCAUCAAAUCUCGUGAAUAUUGUCUUCUUUUGUUGUUGUUGCUUUCACUGCACUUUUUUAUUAUAACGGGGGAAAAUUCCCCCAGUCUUAGAUUGUCUCUAGGUUUAAUUAAAAGCACUGUGUUACACAAAUACUGUGAAUGUUUUCUGUACUUGUCUUCUCUUGAAGCUGUGAUACAAUAAAGGUUUUUGAGUCAUUGUA